CUUCUUGACAGAUUCGACUGUCGAGUGCGAGAGUUCAAGAUGGCGGCCACAGGGUGCAAGUGAUCGACUUCUUUGAUUGGACAGCACGCUGUGUCACUCUUGCCGAAGCUCCGCCUCCACCCUCCUCUCAUCAUGUCCUCCACCUCCUCAUACUCCUCUUCGGGGGAAACCAGUCCCGAGGACGUGCCUCGAGGUGGGGGCACCAUCCGCGUUUACCUGCCCAACAAGCAGAGGACCGUGGUGAAUGUCCGGCGAGGGCAGACGGUGUACGAGAGCUUAGACAAAGCUCUGAAAGUCCGAGGCCUGAGCCAAGACUGCUGCGCCGUGUUUCGUCUUCUGGAAGGUCGCAAGAGGCUGACGGACUGGGACACAGACAUCACUCCUCUGGUAGGAGAGGAGCUUCUUGUGGAGGUUCUGGAUGACAUCCCCCUGACCAUGCACAACUUUGUACGGAAGACUUACUUCAAGCUGGCUUACUGCGACUUCUGCCACAAGUUUCUGUUCAACGGCUUCAGGUGUCAGACCUGCGGCUACAAAUUCCACCAGCACUGUAGCAGCAAAGUGCCCACGGUCUGCGUGGACAUGGACACCGUCAGCAAAAGGUGUGACCAAGGUCCCUGCACCGACGAGUAUCCUCAGAUACUCUUGCCGGAAAAUUCCCCGCCCCAGAGUAACAUAGCCUUAACCGCCGAGCCUGCUGGGAUGGACCUUCUGUCUCCCACGUCAGCCUUCCGCUUCCCCAUGCCCAGUGGAGAUGGCCAGUCCCUACAAAGACAUCGCUCCACGUCCACGCCCAACGUCCAUAUGGUCAGCUCAGUGAGCCCGGCUGCAGCCAGCAUCAUAGAGGAAGCACUGAAAUUCAACAACACAAUAGCAGGUCCUGAGCCAUCACCGAAGCCCUCCACCAGCCCACCCUCGUCUCUAGGCUCUCCAGGGAGAAGACCACCCAAAUCCCCCUCAGAACACAAAGAGCGAAAGCCCUCCUCAUCUGAUGACAAAAAGAAAGUACAUCGGGGGGGCUACAGGGACUCAAGCUACUACUGGGAGGUCCACUCCUGGGAAGUUACCAUCCAGAAGAGAAUAGGAGCUGGCUCCUUUGGAACUGUAUUUAAGGGCAAGUGGCAUGGAGAUGUAGCCAUAAAGAUCCUGAAAGUCACAGAGCCCACACCUGAACAGUUACAGGCCUUUAAAAACGAAAUGCAGGUGUUACGGAAAACUCGCCACGUCAACAUCCUGUUGUUCAUGGGCUACAUGACAAAGCCCAACUUUGCUAUCAUCACGCAGUGGUGUGAAGGCAGCAGCCUGUAUCGCCACCUGCACGUCUCCGAAACCAAGUUUGAAACCAUGAGGCGCAUCGACGUGGCCAGACAGACGGCUCAGGGGAUGGAUUAUCUUCAUGCAAAGAACAUCAUUCAUCGCGACCUGAAGUCCAACAAUAUUUUCCUCCAUGAAGGCUGGACGGUGAAGAUCGGAGACUUUGGCCUGGCCACAGUCAAGUCACGCUGGACUGGCUCCCAGCAGGUGGAGCAACCCAGCGGCUCCAUCCUCUGGAUGGCCCCUGAGGUGAUCCGGAUGCAGGAAAGAAACCCUUACACCUUCCAGUCUGACGUGUACGGCUAUGGAGUGGUGCUGUUUGAGCUGAUGUCCGGGACUCUGCCUUACUCCAACAUCAACAACAGAGAUCAGAUCAUUUUCAUGGUGGGGCGUGGCUACCUGUCACCUGACCUCAGCAAACUGAACAGCACCUUACCCAAGUCCAUGAAGAGACUCAUCGUCGACUGUAUCAAGUUCAAACGUGACGAGAGACCUUUGUUCCCCCAGAUCCUGGUAUCGAUUGAGCAUGUGCAGGACCUGCUGCCCAAAAUCGAACGCAGUCGCUCGGAGCCUUCGUUGCACCGCGCCGUCCACGCCGAGGACUUGAACCCGCUCCUCUUUCACACUACCAGGCUCAUUCCACUCCAGAGUUAGUUUGUCCAGUAGCCAUCUUUCAUUGUCACAUCAUAUUCCUGUCCAAACAUGCUGUUCUUGUGGAACGCUCCAUGAAAGCAACACAAGCCAAGAGUGAUGAAGAUGAAGAUGUUCACCUUCAAAUAUGACAUCAUAACUUCCCAUCAGGCUUUGCACUUGUUCCAAUCUUUGAAUGAAAAGAGGAAUCAUCAGAAAAUAUGAUUUGGACGACUUAUUGCCCCAACUAAAACUAGAAUGAUUGUAGCUUCAAA